CACCGGCAGUCAAACGCAACCCUAGGGAAAACGCGCUGAUUUCCAGUAGUUUUUUAUUUGAUUUUUUCGACCACGUUUGUGGUAGUCAGUGUUUUUUUUUAAAAGAACUUUCGUCAACGACGCGAUGUACAGGUAGGGUCGGAGGUGCGUCGACAUCACACCGCAGAAAAUAUAUUUAAUAUCAAUCGUUACCGGAAUAACGUCUGUUGGGAAACCGUCCGGCUCGUCUCGCACCUGCAGUAAUAUACAAUUUAUUUAUGUAUACGUAAAUAUAAUACGGAUAUACUUCCGUAGUGAUCGUCCGCCGUUUUAUCGCCCUCGACGAACGCGAGUUUUCGCGCGCAAACACGACUUGAACACGUAGCGGCAAACGCUGCCGCAGCACGUGACCGUUCUCCGACCACGCUUCCGCGUGCCGAUUACUGGGCGACCCGUGACGGACGAACAGCUUCGUCACACACGUGUCAUCGUCGUAAUGUCGCCGACACCGCAUACAAUCUGGACACUUAUGUCGAUCGUCCUCUAGAGGUCAAACGACGAAGGUGAUUUUCGUUUAUUCACGUCAUUCGCAAAACAUAGAGAGCAGCACAAGGGACGAGUUGGGUCAAUUGAAAAAUAUGUCCUUCGUAUUUUGACACGGCGAAGACUUAACGAGAAGCUGAAUCAUUGCAUCGUCACCGGGAACACCGUGUGAAGCCGAAACGAUCGAACGUCACGAAUUCCUGCAAGAAGCCAAUGUAAACGCCUAAUCGUGGACUCCCAAUUUCAAUCAGGUUAUUUUCCCAACAGGUUGCACUGUUUCUUACCCGCUAUCACUCUGGCCAGCGUCCAAGGGUGCCCGACCCCGACAGCCGGACCCGGGCUGAGUUGGUGGACGAUGAUGAACGGCGGCCUGUACGAGGACAGCCCGCCGGCACCGCCGCCGCCGACCGUGCCGCUUCCGCCGCCGUCGUCGUCGGACAUAUCGCGCGCCGCACCGGCGGUGAUUAAGACCUCGCCGUCGUCCACGCCGAUCACUUCGUCCGGCGGCACUCCUCCGCCGCAACCGCCACCGCUGCUGCACAUACCGGCUAAACGGUUGCAAGCGCAUUCAAUCGGCGGCGGCGGCGGCAGCGGCGGCGGCGGCGGCGGCAUCGGCGGUGGCGGCGGCUACGAGUGCAUGGACACCGCCGCAGGUUCGGCGGGCGUCAUCAGGCACUCGCAUCACCAGUGGAACGCUUACUCGCCCGCCGUAGUCGACCACGCAGCGUUCGACCAGUACGCGCCACCUCAUCACCACCAUCACCAUCAGCCGGCCGCGCCGACAUACUACAACCUGGCCGCGGACACGGGCAGCGGUGGUCAUCAUCAUCACCAUCAUCAUCAUCACCGGUCGCCCGUCAUGGACGGCGGCGGUCGCAAACCGCCGACCGGCCUUCCGUUCUGGUCGCCCGCUGCCACCGACUAUUGCGGCGGCGGUGGCGGCAACGGCGGCGGUCUGGCCAGCAAGUACACCAACGGCGUGACGCCGUGCAGCAGUUCCGCCGGGCCGCCGGGCGCCGCCGACCACCAUCACCAGUUCUCGCAGUCCUGGUGCACCAACUACUCGCCGUACACCACUACCACGUCGUCGUCGUCCUCGUCGUCCGUGGCCGCGGCCGCGGCAGCAGCCGCCGCGGCCGCCGCGUCCGCGUCGCGACACUCAUCCGGAGGCGGGCCGGCCGACACGCCGCAACCGGCGUACCUGCAGACCGGCAGCCCCGGCGACGACCGGGGCGGCAACAACUCGUCGCGGAUGACGUCCGGCUCGGCCGACGGAUCGGCCGCCGGUCCGUUCGGGCACGACAACGCGUACCCGCCGCCGCCUCCGCCGCCGCCGCCUUCGCUCAGGAACUACGGCGGCUCGCACGAUCCAGUCACGUCGACGCCGUACCCGCCAUCAGGUUCGUUGUCGAGCAUCGGCAUGGGCGUGGGAUCGAAUCCGCUGGAGUGGACGGGCCAGGUGACCGUGCGGAAGAAGAGGAAACCGUACUCCAAGUUCCAGACGCUGGAGCUGGAGAAGGAGUUCCUGUUCAACGCGUACGUGUCCAAGCAGAAACGAUGGGAGCUGGCCCGAAACCUAGCGCUGUCCGAGCGCCAGGUGAAAAUAUGGUUCCAGAACAGGCGCAUGAAGAACAAGAAGAACAGCCAGCGGCAGGCCGUGCAACAGCAGCAGCAGCAACAGCAGCAGCAGCAGCAACAGCACACCGCCAACAACAACAACAACAACAACAACAACAACAGUAACGGGAGCGCGAACGCCAACCAUCAGCAUCACAUGCAGGUGAUCGGCGGCCACCACGGCAACGGGCCAAUCAAACACCAUCAGUGACCGUCGUUUUACUCUGGAGCCACCGCGGUCGCUCACCCGCCGUUGCACCAUCUACACCAUCAAAUACACGCGCCUCCGCCGCCGCCGCAUCACCUUCACCAACACUAUCCGAUGCAGCAAUCCGUUUGAAAAAGACAGGUACUCGGAAUCUCCCCCUCCCCCCCCACCGGUCGUUCGCGUGAUUUUUCCGUGCGCGAGUUUGUGAUAAACGUCAACGUAUGAUAAGUGCGUGUACUUGAUCACGACCCUAAGCCUAAAAACGUAACUUUGAUGAAAAAAAAAAUUGUCAUUUCCACCGUUAUCGACAACGUUUAGUCUUCGUUGCUUCCGCGUGCAAUAUUCGCGUUCACGCACUUCAUUAGAGAUGGUAAAGAGAGAGAGAGAGAGAAAGAGAGAGAGAGAGAGAGUGAAAAGCGGUUUACGUUCGAUCGUUACGUUUUCGGGUGUUCGGUUCUAUAAAAUUCGGGUUUAAUACAUUUUUUUUUCUUUUUCACGAACACCGAACGAAGUUCACGAACUCAACGCGCGACGCAUUCCGAAACGGCGGAAAAAUAAAACGUGCGGCCAUGGUACGUAUUAUAUUUGUAAUACGUUAAUCCGGUGCGCGCAUAAUUGAUCGGCUCCAGAGUGGCAAAGUUAUAGGUCACAAUUUGUACAUAUAGGAAAUACGAUUUAAGUUACUGUACAUGUUAACACGUACACACACACACACAUACUUAUAUAUACUAUUAGAUUAACUUAUACAUACUGUGUUUUUACUAUAUAUAAUGGAACGUGUAUAUGACGCAAUAUAAAAUGAUGUAGAAUAUAAUAAUACAAUAUGUGUAAAGUUCCCGGGUCGGACGCGUUCGGGUUCACAAAAACAUAUUAUUUUGUACAGCUAUUGUAUAGGUAUGUUUAUUGAAUACGAGUUUUUUUUUUUUCUACUUAGCCUCUAACUUAAACAAUAAUAUUUACGAUAAUAAUAAUAAUAUAAUAAGUGUACGAUUAGUCGUUUCGUAAAAUAUAACCAGUGGAUUUUUUUUUUUUAGAUAAAAAACUAUCGAUCUCCGUCUUUAAGCGAGUUUUAGCGUUUUCUUUUUUGAUAUUAACUAUGAACUGUAAAUAUUAUUAUUAUUAUUAUUAUUAUUAUUAUUAUUAAAUAAUAAUUAUCUAUCGUAUGAAUAUUACAUAAUAUUACCCCUGAUUGAAAUAGUAGUUGUAGAGUGGGUUUCUUCGUCGUCCCUAUAUCUCGUUUACAUAAAUUAAUAUACUAUACAAUUAUAAUAAUAUAAGCAACAAAUACAAAAACGAUUUAUAACGCGCUGCUUUGAAAUUCGAUUGUUUUAUUUUUUUAUUUCGUUUAUACGCUACGGCAUUUUUUAUUGCAAAUCGCAGUAUUAUUAAUUAUCUAUAUACACGAGUAUAUACAUUUAUUAUUUUCGUUGUAAAUAAUCUGUCUAUGACUUACGUUGUAUUCUACGGAUUUGUACGAAAUGUAUCUGGUAUAUACGUAUAGAUAUAAGUUACGUGUAUUAUAAAUAUGUAAGUUUUGACAUUUUUUGUUUUUUUUUUUCUACGUUAUUUUGUGUUCUGGUUAUGUAUGACUAUUUUUGUUGUAUUAAUUCAUUAUCAUUAUUAUUAUUGUAAUAUUUUUUUUUUUUUUUGUUUGGUUCAACUUUAGCGUUUAGACUAUAUUUAUUGGUGCCAAAAUGUAUUUUACUUUUUGUAUAAACUCCCUAUCCCCCUUCCCCCAUAACAGCUUUAACCGUCAAUGAGAACGUUUAUGAAAUAUAUUUAUUGUAUCUUUAUUAUUUAUCCGUAGGCAUAUUCAUGUAAAAACAAAAUAUGCGU